AUGAGUAGUGUAUUGUCUAAAUUUAGAUCUAUUAAGGAUAUACUAAGUCGACCAAUUAUUAUAUUAGAAAGACAAAUUGAAUAUGGGAACUUAAUCUUUGGGUUUGAACAAAGAAAUAGAUACACAUUGAGUGAUACUGACGGUAGACCCCUGGGAUACUUACUAGAAAGGGAAAGAUCAUUUUCUCAAGUUAUACUUCGACAAAUCACAAAAUUACAUAGACCUUUUAUCGUAGAUUUCUUUGAUAUUAAUAAUAAUUUUUUAUUCACAUUACAACGUAAUUUUUCAUUUAUUAAUUCUAAAGUAAAAGUGUGGAACCAAAACACGAAUGGUGUUACAUUUCCAGAAAAUUAUUUAGUUGGUGUAAGUGAACAACGGUGGCAUCCAUGGAAAAGAAAAUAUGAUCUUUUUGCCCAAGAUGGUUUAGUGACAAGUCAACAACAAGAACCUCGCCAACUCAGUCAGUUCGGAUAUAUUGAUGCACCAUUUCUUUCAUAUGAUUUCCCUGUUAAAGAUGAGAAUGGUAAAAUUAUUGGAAGUGUGGAUAGAAAUUGGGUUGGCCUAGGUAGAGAAUUAUUUACUGACACGGGUGUGUAUGUAAUCAGGUUUGAUUCUUACAGAUCAUUCAAAGGAGUUUAUGACAUAUCUAUGUUAAGCGACCAUAUUUUGAAUCUGAAUCAAAGAGCUGUUUUACUAAGUAAUGCAGUUUCAAUUGAUUUUGAUUAUUUUUCAAGACAUUCAAGGGAUGUGAGUAAUGGUGGAAUUAUAUCCUUUAGUAACUAUGAAUGA